CCCCCCCCCCCCGCCGCCGCCGCCCGGUCCUCACCAUGGGAGUGCAGGGAUUCCAGGACUACAUCGAGAAGCACUGCCCCAGCGCCGUGGUGCCCGUCGAGCUGCAGAAGCUGGCGCGGGGCAGCCUCGUGGGUGGGGGUCGCCAGCGGCCCCCCCAGACCCCCCUGCGCCUCCUCAUCGACGCCGACAACUGCCUGCACCGGCUCUACGGCGGCUUCUACACGGACUGGGUGAGCGGCGGGCAGUGGAACCACAUGCUGGGCUACCUGGCGGCCCUGGCCAAGGCCUGCUUCAACGGGAACAUCGAGCUCUUCGUCUUCUUCAACGGCGCCCUGGAGAAGGCCCGGCUGCACGAGUGGGUGAAGCGCCAGGGCAACGAGCGCCAGACGGCGCAGCAGAUCGUCAGCCACGUCCAGAACAAGGGCACCCCGCCGCCCAAGGUCUGGUUCCUGCCGCCCGUCUGCAUGGCGCACUGCAUCCGCCUGGCCCUCAUCCGCUUCCACAUCAAGGUUGCACAGAGCAUUGAGGAUCAUCAUCAAGAAGUAAUAGCUUUCUGCAGAGAAAAAGGUUUCCAUGGUUUGGUUGCAUAUGACUCCGAUUAUGCAUUGUGCAACAUCCCUUACUAUUUCAGUGCCCAUGCCCUAAAACUGAGCCGGAAUGGGAAAAGCCUCACAACAAGCCAAUACCUAAUGCAUGAAGUUGCCAAGCAACUGGACCUGAAUCCAAAUCGCUUUCCUAUUUUUGCUGCUCUUUUAGGUAAUCAUAUUCUACCUGAUGAAGAUUUGGCUUCCUUUCAUUGGAGUUUACUUGGUCCAGAACAUCCACUAGCUUCACUUAAGGUACGCGCUCACCAGUUAGUUUUACCGCCGUGUGACGUAGUGAUCAAAGCCGUAGCUGACUACGUCCGCAACAUUCAGGACACCACUGAUUUGGAUGCCAUAGCAAAAGAUGUUUUUCAGCAUUCACAGUCUAGAACAGAUGACAAAGUUACUCGGUUUAAGAGAGCGGUUGCUUAUUACUCGGCAACUAAUAAACCUAUGCCAUUUCAUCCACCACAUUACCUAGCAGCCAGACCAAAUCAGUUUGGUAUGCCUGGGAUAGUGCCACCAUAUGUUCCUUCUCAGAUGCUUAACAUUCCACAGACCUCACUACAAGCAAAACCUGUGGCCCAGCAGAUGUCCAGUCAGGGUGGGGCCCAAGGCCAGGGUCCAUACCCCUACAGCCUCUCUGAGCCAGCCAUCACCUUGGAAACAGGUGGAAAAAGUCUGUCUGAGCAGAACAAUUACAGUAACAUUCCUCACGAAGGAAAACACACACCAUUGUAUGAACGGUCUUCUCCAAUAAAUCCAGCCCAGAGCGGGAGCCCUAACCAUGUGGAUUCAACCUAUUUUCCUGCCUCUUCUACAUCUUCGUCCUCUGACAAUGAUGAAGGCAAUGGGGGUGCAGUGAACCAUGUCAGUGGGAACAAAAUAGGCUGGGAAAAGCCAGGAACCCAGUCAGAAGGUCAAACACGUGGAGAACUGGGAGACCAAACAAAGGCAGAAGGUUCCUCUAGUGCUUCUUCAGGAAGUCAGGCAGCUGAUGUCAAAGGGAAUCAAAGCAGUAAUCCACAAAUCCCAUGCCUGUUGUCCAUGCCCACCAGAAACCACAUGGAUAUUACCACCCCUCCAUUACCUCCAGUAGCACCUGAAGUAUUACGAGUGGCAGAGCACAGGCACAAGAAGGGGUUAAUGUAUCCCUACAUCUUUCAUGUCCUAACCAAGGGUGAAAUCAAAAUCGCCGUUUCUAUAGAAGAUGAAGCCAACAAAGACCUGCCUCCUGCUGCUCUCCUGUAUAGGCCAGUGCGUCAGUAUGUUUACGGAGUCCUGUUUAGUUUGGCAGAAAGCAGAAAGAAAACUGAAAGGCUUGCUUUCAGAAAGAACAGACUUCCACCAGAAUUUUCUCCAGUGAUAAUUAAGGAAUGGGCUGCUUACAAAGGCAAAUCUCCUCAGACCCCUGAGCUAGUGGAAGCCCUGGCGUUCAGGGAGUGGACCUGCCCAAACCUGAAGAAGCUGUGGCUGGGCAAAGCCGUGGAAGACAAGAACCGACGGAUGAGGGCGUUCCUGGCCUGCAUGCGAUCAGACACACCAGCAAUGCUCAACCCAACUAAUGUGCCCACUCAUCUUAUGGUGCUCUGCUGUGUGCUGAGGUACAUGGUACAGUGGCCGGGGGUGCGCAUUCUGCGGCGCCAGGAACUCGAUGCUUUCCUUGCCCAAGCAUUGUCUCCAAAGCUCUAUGAACCUGACCAGCUUCAGGAACUCAAGAUUGAGAAUCUGGAUCCCCGCGGAAUCCAGCUGUCUGCUCUCUUUAUGAGUGGCGUGGAUAUGGCUCUUUUUGCCAACGAUGCCUGUGGACAGCCGAUUCCAUGGGAGCACUGCUGUCCCUGGAUGUAUUUUGAUGGGAAAUUGUUCCAGACCAAGCUCAUCAAAGCAAGCCGGGAGAAAGUUCCACUCAUCGACCUCUGUGAUGGUCAGGCUGAGCAGGCAGCCAAGGUUGAAAAGAUGCGUCAGAGCAUCCUAGAAGGAUUAAAUUUCUCCAGGCAGAACCAUCCUCUCCCUUUCCCACCUCCACCUGCCAUGCCUUUCUAUCCAGCUUCUAUGUAUCCUCGACACUUUGGGCCAGUCCCACCACCUCAGGGCAGGGGGAGAGGCUUUGCUGGAGUCUAUGGCUUCGGAGGCCCUUAUGGGGAAACAGUAGCCACAGGCGCUUACCGGGCCUUCCGGGUGGCGGCAGCGGCAGGACACUCCGGAGCCUUCUCUGGCAAUGACAGCAACAGGACUAGCAAGUUUCAGGGCGGAGUCCAACCUAUUCCUUCUCAGGGAGGGAAACUUGAAAUUGCCGGCACUGUAGUCGGCCACUGGGCUGGAAGCAGACGUGGACGAGGGGGGAGAGGGCCAUUUCCUCUGCAGGUGGUGUCCGUGGGAGGACCAGCCAGAGGGCGUCCUAGAGGAGUUAUCUCCACUCCGGUGAUAAGAACUUUUGGAAGAGGCGGAAGGUACUAUGGGCGAGGCUAUAAAAGCCAGGGAGCAAUUCAGGGCAAACCUCCUUACGCUGCUUCAGCAGAAGAAGUAGCCAAAGAACUUAAGUCAAAAUCCGAGGAAUCUAAAUCCUCACUUGUGUCUUCAGAUGGAUCCCUGGCUGAAAAUGGAGUUGUGACUGAGGAAAAACCAGCUUCCCAGAUGAAUGGGAAUACAGGAGACAUCAGGGCUUCCAAUCAGUCUGAAAGUGCCUUGAGUAAUGACUCUAAAAUGUGCAAUACGAAUCCUCACUUAAAUGCACUAAAUGCAGACAGUGUUUGCCAUAAAGAUGAUGCUCUUGAGGCCACUGUCUUAAAAAAAGAAGAGUAAACUUAUUUUUUAUAGAGGGUGAAGGAUGUUGGGAAGGGUCAGGAUUAGGAAUAUCUGGAAAGAAAGAGAGCCUACAGUUACGUACAUUUUUUCCUUUCCGUAAGAGAAAAAUGAGGACUUUGGAAAUUCGGAUCCCUCUUUGAUGUCAGAGAUUUAAACAACACAUUUUUUUAGUUUUAACCAGUUGUAGUCAAAAUGCUACAAUAAAACAGAAAAAAAAAAAAUGAAAAAAAAAAAGAGAAUGAAGAGCAUUUGACUCCCGCACUUAAAAUGAAGUAUACAUAAAGUUUAAACUGGUUAUGACAAAA